GAAAAACAACGUUUAGUUUUAGAAAAAUAAAUUAAAAAAAACAUUUUUAAUCAUAACAAACGAACGAAUUUUUAUUUAUAUUUAUUAAUUGUUAAUUGACAAAAAAGACUAUUCAAUAUGGUUGUUAAUUUUAAGAUUUUUAAAAAGGCUUCGCCUAACAAUAUGGUCACCCUGUACAUGAACAGGCGUGAGUUUGUGGAUUCGGUGACACAAGUUGAACCUGUUGAUGGCAUUGUGGUAUUGGACGAUGAGUAUAUUCGUCAAAAUCGCAAAAUUUUUGUGCAACUCAUUUGCAAUUUUCGCUAUGGACGUGAAGAUGAUGAAAUGAUUGGUUUACGUUUCCAGAAGGAACUGAUUUUAGUUUCCCAAGCGGUAUAUCCCGAACAAAAAAUCGAUAUGCAAUUAACUAAAAUGCAAGAGCGUUUACUAAAAAAACUGGGUUCGAAUGCCUUUCCUUUUGUCUUGGAAAUGCCACCCAGCUCUCCGGCGUCAGUGGUAUUGCAGCAAAAAGCCAGCGAUAACACUCAACCCUGUGGUGUGCAAUAUUUCGUUAAAGUCUUUGCCGGAGAAAAUGAUUGUGAUCGUACUCAUCGUCGCAGUACUGUUAACUUGGGUAUACGUAAGAUACAAUAUGCACCAGCAAAGACUGGCAUACAACCAUGUACUGUGGUGCGUAAGGAUUUCCUUUUAUCGCCGGGAGAAUUGGAAUUGGAAGUUACUUUAGAUAGACAAUUAUACUAUCAUGGCGAAAAGAUUUCCAUUAAUAUUUGUGUACGUAACAAUUCGAAUAAGGUGGUGAAAAAGAUUAAGGCCAUGGUGCAACAGGGCAUCGAUGUGGUGCUCUUCCAAAAUGGUCAAUUUCGUAAUACUAUAGCUUUUUCAGAAAGCAGUGAAGGUUGUCCUUUAAAUCCUGGUUCUAGUUUGCAGAAGGUUAUGUAUUUAGUUCCCACUUUGGCCGCUAAUUGCGAUCGUCCUGGCAUAGCUGUUGAGGGUGAUGUUAAGCAUAAGAAUACAUCUUUGGCCUCGACUACUUUGAUUGCCAGCCAAGAGGCUCGAGAUGCAUUUGGCAUUAUUGUUUCGUAUGCAGUAAAAGUCAAAUUAUUCUUGGGUGCAUUGGGUGGUGAAUUGUGUGCGGAAUUGCCUUUUAUUUUAAUGCAUCCAAAACCCAGCCUUAAGGCUCAAGCGGAAGCUGAAACUGUAGAAGCUUAAAUAUUAUAUUGCUGCAGCUGCAAUUACUACUACUAAAACUACAGAAUAAACUCCGUCUACAAUAUUUGCCGUAUCUAUUGUUCGCAAUAAAAAAGAGGAAUAUAAGUAUAGUUAAUAUAUUUUGUUUCAAUGUUUUGCAUGUUCUUUAUUUAUUUAAAUAUUUACUAUUAUAAUACCGAUACUACAAAUAUAAAAAAAUACAAAAUAACAAAUUGUAAGUGGAAAUCUGUAUCAAUUGCUUUAUUUCUUCAUUAAGUAUUUAAUGUGAUUGUAUGUUGUCCUAUAUAGUUUAUAAAAUAAUUAUAACAUUAAUAAUAAAAUGCAUUGAUGAAGCAACUGUGUA